UCGACGCCGCCGACCGCGCGCGAAGCCCCCCCGCAGAUCGACGACCUUGGAAAGGCGCGCCACCGGCUCGGCAUCUUCCCCGCUAGGGUUUAAAAUUACAGAAUAUGGAGAACUCUAUAUCUGGUAUGAUUGAGGAACAAAACGAGUACGUCGGCUAUAAUUCCGAUGACUCUGAAAUGGAGGAAAAUUUGCAGCACGAAGCCGGCUGGAGCGAAGACGAGUUUGAUAUUGCGUACGAUGAAUUUGAUAAUGAUGACAACCAUGGCGAACACACAGACGAUCAAAAUGAUGAGAACCAUGGUGAACACACAGACAGUCUAAAUACUAGUGAGGCACAAUUUGACACGCAGCUUGAGUACGACUAUUACGGUGAAUCUGACUUGGACACGGGCCACACUGAUGAUGUGGAAGGUGCAUCAGUUCCUGAGGAUUCUGUUGACAUGAGCCAGGCGACGCCAGGCGCUAGUCAGCCUGAGAAACCACACAAAGGUAGCAAUGGCAAUGAAUAUCCUGAUAGUGAUCGGGAUUUAUACUGGAUGAUAAAAGAGAUGACUUUUAUUUCUGAAGCAGCAGCAUAUUCUUUCUACAACAGAUAUGCUAAAGAUUAUGGGUUCAGCGUCCGGCUUGACCAGGUUAAGCGGUUUGAUGAUGGCGUAAUUCGGUUAAGGCGUUUUGUGUGUUCCAGACAGGGCAGACGUCCCAAAAACCAACUGACCACGGAAGGCCGUGUAUAUAGGCACAGACCUGAGUCUCGCUGCGGCUGCAAGGCACGUUUGGUGGUCAAGUUUGAUGGAAGAACUGGUUUCUGGGUUGUUGAAGAUUUUCGUGACAAACAUAACCAUGAGACCAUGUCAGACUCCGUUUCUUCGGUCCCAUAG